AUGGAGUCGAGCUCGAGAUCUGCGUCGGAGAAAGAGAAGCAACACGGACGUCGCGGCAGCGAGCCCGAAAGAGCGAUAAACUACAAGCCAAUCCGAGUGGAGACCAACACAUCGCGACGCACGGAUCCAACGCGAUCCCAGAGCUUGCGCUCAAUACACUCGCAGCGAUCGUACGGCGGACAUGAUGGCUAUUCGUGUUUUAGCGACGAGGAAGCGCAGCACGCGUCGAGCGGCGAUGCCGAUGCCGGCCAGGAGAAGGAUGAGUAUCUAGUGGCAUGGGAUGGCGGAGACAAAGAUCCGGGGAACCCAAGGAGCAAGAGUAAACUGCAGCGAUGGCUCAUUGUAGUGGUCGUGUCAUCGAGCUCGUUAUGCGUGUAG